UUCGAUAAACUUAUCCCUCUUGAAGAUUUUAAUGAUGUUUCCAAUGGAUUUCUAGUGGACGACACAUGUGUGUUUGGAGCCUAGGUCUUUGUUUGUAAAGAAAGAAGAACAGGCAAAGGCGAGUGCCUAGCAACGAUGAAGAUAGCCUCUGUAUGCAAACAUGUUUGGAAGGUUGAGAAAUUUUCAUCUUUGGGUGCUGAAUUUUAUGAGUCUGAACCGUUCACUGCUGGGGGCUAUAAUUGGAAGUUACGGCUUUAUCCCAAUGGAAAAGGCAAAGGCGAGGGUAGUCAUCUGUCUCUGUUUUUGGAAUUGGCUAGUCCCAUAACCCUUCCCCCUGGCUCUGAACUAUUUGUGGAGUAUAGAUUUCGCAUCCUAGAUCAAAUUCAUCAUCAGCAUCGUCAGCAGCAUCCUUCUAGUGGUAAGGACUGGUUCCGUGGCAGUACUCCAGCUUGGGGUUUGCUUAAAUUCAUUGAACAAGAAACUUUCAGGCAGGUAGACAAGGGGUUUUUGAAGAAUGAUGCUUGCAUAGUGGAAGCAGAGGUGACCGUCCAUGGAAUUUCUAAAGCACUAUAGCAAACUAGUCCUCAAUCCUGAAUCAAAGGACUGCUUGUCAUUAUAGUUUACUGCUCUAUAGUAAACUUGUCCCAACUAAUGUACUGAAAAAACGAUAACUAAUCAUUUUGUGGUUGUUUGGUAACAUUUCAAGGUUUCAACAGGGUAUGCUGUAAGAGAAUGAGCAAAUAUCAUUAGUGUUAUGAUAUAAGAAAAA